CGCCGCUCAAAGUUUAUGUUGUGACAGCAGGACAACAGUCUGCUUGUUCAUGAUUAUUUAGUAGACGAAUCUCAGCUGUUACAAGUCAGCCGUUGUGUGUUAGUCCCUCAACGUCUCGUUCGCCCAGAAGAACUGAAACAUGUCCGAAUUCGAAGCGACGACGUCCAAUGCGGAAUCCACGAACGUUGACAACGAAAAAGUGGAGGAAAUGGAACCCGAAGCGAAGCGUCGCAAAACAACAACCCCCAGCGAAGACAAGAAAUACAAGCUCGAGGAAAGACUGGGUGGAAUUCUUUGCUGCGCAGUUUGCCUCGAUCUACCCAAGGCUGCCGUCUAUCAGUGCAGCAACGGCCACUUGAUGUGUGCUGGGUGUUUCACACACGUCCUUGCUGAUGCCCGUUUGCGGGACGAAACGUCGACGUGUCCGACUUGCCGCGUCGAAAUCAGCAAGACCACAGCCACCCGAAAUUUGGCGGUGGAGAACGCCGUCUCCGAGCUUCCAUCCGAGUGUCAAUUCUGCAACAAGCAGUUCCCGAGGAACUCGCUGGAGCGCCACGAGGAGGAGGAGUGCGAGGAGAGGAUUUCAGGGUGUAAGUAUCACAGGAUUGGGUGCCCGUGGAGGGGACCGAACCAUGAGAGGGCCCAGCAUGAGCAGGAGUGUGGGCAUCGUCAUAAAACGGGAGCGGAGAUUAUGGAGGUUUUGGAUGUGUUGGACCAGAAGGUGAUCGAGGAAAGGAGGCUGUACAAGACCGUGUUCGAGCUUUUGGGGUACGAUAGGAUCACGUUUAAUGAUAUCCAGCUGAAACCCUAUCGAACUGAUGAUUUCGUGCAUCGGUUAUUCUACGAAUCUUCGAGAUUUUCAGCGUUUAAUUAUCAGUGGGUUGUUAAAGCGAAAAUUAGCGACAGCCAAAAGGAUCCCACACAAAGUUCAGAGAGAGAUAUGACUUAUCAGAUUCUACUCAAGUCGCGGAUAUCCACACCAAUGAACUUAAGUUACAUCGCUGUAUGCGGUCCAGGGGGUGACAUUAAGGUGAAUCCACGCGUCUACAAAUUUGACUUCACAGAAAAGGAGUGUGAAACAACGUAUGAACCAUUUCCAUUGCCUGACACUGCUGAAUGUAAUCGUUUGCUAGCCUCGAAAACGAUCAAUUUCAGGUUAAUUAUGUUUUUGGCUUCAAAAUAAACCCUUUUAGCAGACUACUUUUUGCUAAGUAAUAGUUCGAUAUUUAUAUGAUAUACUCAAUCUGUGUUUUGUAAGUGAGUAUUUAAAAUUAAGGUUAAGUACAGAAAGGUCUGUCCACGAAUUUUAUAUUUAAGGAUAAAUUUUCAUUUUAUAUAUUUUUCGUCUACAAAGUUUAUAAUUUAUAGCAAUUUUAUUGUGUUACCGACGUUCAGUGGUGCCGCUAAUAUUUAUGCCUAUUUUUCACUGUAGAGAAAAUGUUGAGUAUUGUUUUUUUUUUAUUAGAUAGUUUAAUUACAUAUUUUUCUCAUUAUAUCUUUAAUUUGUAGAAGUAGACAAAUUUGUGUGAUUUCUAAUUGUAAAAAAUUAUAGAACUAUAGAAACUUAAAAGACAA